AUGGAGCAGGAGGUGGUUGCGGGGAUGAAGCAGAAGAAGUGCUGCCCGCUCCGGCGGUCGCGCAAGGGCUGCAUGAAGGGCAAGGGCGGCCCGGACAACCAGCAGUGCCCCUUCCGCGGCGUCCGCCAGCGCACCUGGGGCAAGUGGGUCGCCGAGAUCCGCGAGCCCAACCGCGGCGCCCGCCUCUGGCUCGGCACCUUCGCCACCGCGCUCGACGCCGCGCGCGCCUACGACGCCGCGGCCAGGGCGCUCUACGGCGACUGCGCCCGCCUCAACCUCUCGGCGUCGCCGUCCCAGAUGCAGCAGCACCCUCCAGCUCAAGGCAGUGGUGGCGCCAAUGGUAAUUCGGCGCCAGGGACACCGUGCUGCUCCUCCAACAACUCCAACUCCAGCGCGUCGACCCCGACCGGGACUCCCACGGACAUGGACUGCAGCGCCUGGAUGCAGCCGUCUUACUGUUACAGCACGGCGGAGGCGCCGGAGGACUUCGAGGCGUACGUGACGCGACUGCCCAAGGCGGAGGACUUCGGACUGGAGGGGUUCCAGGAGGUGCCCCUGGAAGUGCUGGCCGAAGCCGGAGGAGGGGUCAGCAUAUGGGACCUCUCCAUCGCCCCUGACAUGGCUGCAGCAGCCGCUUCUUCAGCUGCUGCCAGUGCCUGCACUGUCCCCCAACAGCCGCUGCAGCAACCCAGCUGCUGA